ACAACACUGUGCUUCAGAGCAUAAAGACUGAAAACCUCAGUCUCUAUGCAGAGACUCUGAAAUCUAUGGGGAAUCUACUGCUUAGAUGCUGUGAUGAUGCAAGAUUUAUGCUGAACCUCUUUUAUCUAAGUCUGGGCUAAAAACGUAUAUUCUGUUGACAGACUUCAAAAAUUUGUUGGAUACGAUCAGCAGACUUUUGACAGUUUUGUUUCAACUGACCUGCUUUUGAGAGGACGCAUGUGGAUACUUGCAGAUUAAGAAGAUGAGUUCAAGAAGGCUCAUGAACCGUUCACUCUCGGGUGAUGGAAGGUCUUACUACAGUGGUAAUGAUAUCACCUCUCAGAAUAGUAGGGUUGGCAGUAGGAGCUACCUAAACAGUGUCCGACCUGAAAGCAGGAGCACACUCUACAGUGUCAUGGCCCGAUUAACUGAGGAGACACCGCCAACAUUUGAGUCCACCUUAAAAUCCAAGGCUGUUUCAGAAGCCUCCAAUAUCAAGUUCUGCUGUGCGGUCUCAGGUUACCCUGCCCCUGAGGUGACAUGGUACAAAGAUGAUGUGGAACUGGACAGAUACUGUGGCCUCCCCAAAUAUGACAUUUCACGUGAUGGCAAGAACCACACACUCCAUAUAUAUGACUGUACUCUAGAGGAUGCUGCAAUUUACCAGGCAUCGGCACAGAACAGUCGAGGCAUUGUAUCAUGUUCAGGAGUCUUGGAGGUGGGAACCAUGAGCGAGUACAAAAUUCAUCAGAAUUACUUUGCAAAGCUUAAACAACGAAAUGACAACCGCUGUCGUGAGCAGGAGGAAUACCACAAAACAGACAAAGAGAAUGUUCCCGCAGCCCUUGAGACCUUUAAAAUGAGGAGUCCUGAAAGAGCCCAGAGGAAGCGCAGGUCCCCCAUGUUUACAAGCCUCAGUCUAGGGGCUGCCAGCUCCUCAGAUGAGAAAGAAGGGGUUAACACUCUCAGUCAAACACCUCCAGUGGAGGACAGGCUUGGUUCCUCUGUUCAUGAAUCUGCAGCAGCCCCUGUUCAUGGCAUAUCAAUCAUUGAAAUGAUCCAAAACAGAGACAAAGACAGCCAGGGGCUCAAAUAUAUACACAAGACUGUGCACAAGGCCUCCAGCAAACAGACACAGAAAGAGAAUUAUGCCAAGAAGAAGAUCAAAAUCUCAACAGCAGAAGCGGAGAGGAACAAGGAAAGUAGGCAGACUGGAAAAGGGGAAGUGACAGAUAUAGAGAUGAGAACGGAGAUAAGCAAUUCCAUUGAGAAGAUGGAGCUACAGAAGACUUUCAUUCAGGUUGCAUCAGAGACUGAAUUGAGAAACAAAGUGGAUGCCACUAAAAAGAGUGAAAAACUGUCAGUGAAAACGAAGGAAAGUCCCUCAGAAUCAAAGAGAGCACAGAUUGCUCCAAAGCUAAAUGCAAACCAGAAACAGCCAGCAUUGAACAUUUCCAUGGCAACUCAGAAUGUGGUGGUCGGAGACAUAAAGCAAACUGAAUCAUCUGACCAAAAGAAAAGUUUAGGUACACCUCAUCCCGAACAUCACGUAAAUCAAGCUCUAGAUAAUAGACAACAUGUUUCAAAGCAGAGGGCAGAGAACUGUAACCCAACUCCCAUAAACAACGAGCUCAUGGAUUUAAAUGACAACGAGAAUAAACCACCAGUAGGUACCAGUACAUGUGUGAGGAUCCUGCCUCAUUCUUGUGGUGGGGGUGACGUCAAUGCAGACACAGGGGAGAGGAAUGCGUCUGCACACUCUGAUAGGGCCUCGUCUGUAGGUGACACUCACAUUGAGCCCAUAGAGCCACCAAAUUGUGUAGACCUUCACCCUUUCCAGAGGGCCAUGGAGUUAAACCAUCAACCUUCAUUGGUGCAUGAGGUCACUGCAUGUGUUAAGGAAACAGAUACUAUAUUCAGAUCCUGCCACCUUGCAUCCCAGAGACAGAAGGAAAGAGAAGGUAACCAGUCCAUGGGAUCAACAAAAUGCAGUACACUCCCUGUUACUCGGCAUAACCAGUCUGAUCUUAAAAAAACACUGGGUGAGGAAAUCUCUUCAGGUCAUGUUUCACACACGCUCCAAGAAGGCCGAGUUGCAACAGCUAUGAAUUCCUCAUUGGGAGAGGACAAACUAACCAAAAUGAGUGAGAAGCAUCACAAAGCUGGAAACCAGCAAAUUAAAGAAGACUUUGAAGAAUCCAAGGCUAAAACACAACCUGUGGUCAUAUCUCUAAACACUAUGGAAGAUAAUCAGAUGGAAAUCAGUGCUGAUAAGAAUAUAGAAUUGGUCUGUGCAAAGACACAUGUACCGAAGGAUGGCAUUUUUAAAGAAAAAUCCAACCCAAACUCAAAACAUUCCAUACCUCAAGUUACUGUCACAGAAUUUGUACAAAUUUGCAACCUUAGAAGUAUGUCAAACUCAGAUGAGGCUGUGAAUGACUCUUCAGUCGCUGAUGUUCCAGUGAAAGUUACUAAUGAGUGUCAGAGCAGUGCAGCUACCAUCCCUAAAAUGGACAUACAGGAACAUGGGCAAUCUAAUUUAACCCCAUCUGAAGCACUCAAAGCAACAUAUCGUGAGAGGAAAAGUUACCCAGCAAAAAAAGAGAAUGGACACUGCAUCUCAUCUUCUCUUGAUACUAGUAUUGUUGAAGAAAAAGAUUAUGACAAUAAUCCUAAAGCAGAACACGUUGGCCUCUGCACAUUCCUCUCCCAACAUACAAAGGCCUUACCAACAGAAUUUAUCAUUCCUGCCAUAUAUAUUACAGAUGUGGACAGCACAUCUCAAAAUAGCACAAAUACAGACAGCAUUAUAAACAAGAGUCCUGUUACUAAAUCAGAGACAGUUCAGAUCAGCACUAAAACAAAAACAGUAACUUCUUAUGUGACAAAUAGCAACAAAAUAGGAAAUACAUUUAAUCAAUCAGAUCACAUGAACGAAACCAUAGCCACUUGUGAAUCUGAAGGUUUGCCUGAGGAGCAGGGUCAUCUUUCCUGUUACUCAAAAACCUCUGACGUAAACAAGACUGAUCAACUGCCACACAGUCAAGAAAAUGACAUUCAACAACCUAAAAAUCAGAGUGCCACUGAGAAUGAUGCCAAUCGACCAAUCGUAGAGGGUGUUUUGCAAUGCAAUGGUGAGAAAAGCAAAAAGACAAAUGAGUUAGGCUUAGUUGAAAUCAAAUGUCUCCCAUUGUUGGCAAAGCCAGAUCUUAAUCUGAAACCCGAAUCUGACUCCUUCAUAAAACAAUUGAAGUGUGCUGUGUUGGACCUUGAGGAGUCGAAUCUAUGUCCCACCAGUGCCAUGCUAAAUCCUGCACCACAUGGAAAUUCUAAAGGCGAAGUUAAAGAUGGGAAAGUAAAUUCUGCAGUGAUACAGCUUGGUAUGGGGGAGUUUGUUUUGCCUCAAACUAAUAGCAGUUUAAAUACAGUAGUCUCCCCACUGAGUCCAUCUUAUGAGGCCACAAUCCCACUAAAUACUACAGACAAUCAGGUGUUCUCCUCUACUACUACCUACAGUAAUCUUGCCACCAGUGUACAUCAAAAGACUAUGUUCCCCAGGACUAAAAAAGGGAAGAGUGAAGUAGGGAUGGCCACUUGUACUGAAGAGGCAAAGAAAGACACAAAUCAGGAGGACAAAUUAUCUUUGAAUGCACAACUUGUAUCUCUGCAACUAUCCAUCAGUAACUCACCAUUUGAGACAUCAUUAAAGAAAGUCUCCCCAUCUUUAACUCAGAGGGGUUUCAAAGUUGACCUCUCCAAGCCAGCAGGAAAUGAGAAUGAUAAGACCAAAUCAAUAGAGAAAGACAAAGAGAAACAGUUUAAAGUUCCACAAGUUAUUCGUAAAAUACGUCCAGAGGUGUUUGAUGCCACCGGGCAUCUUAAACUCUGGUGUCAGUUUUUCAACAUACUAAAUGACUCAUCAAUAAUGUGGUACAAGGAUGAGGUGGAGAUCGCUGAGAUAAAGAGAAGUGCAGGAGAUGAGACUCAGGUGUGCUUGGCCAUUGUGCAGAUGUCCAAAAGAGACUGUGGCAUUUACAGAUGUACCAUCAACAAUGAAUAUGGCAAAGAUUCUACAGAGUAUCAUCUCAGUGCAGAAAUUCUUCCCAAUAUGUUCCUGCGUGAGGAGCUCCUAGAAGCUGGGGAGGAGAUUGAGAUGACGCCUCUGAUCUUCAGUAAAGGUCUAACUGAUGCAGGCUGUUGGGGUUCAAAGUUCUUUGGCCGUGUCACAACAGAAGAAGCUCAGGUCGGAAUGGGAUGUGAGCAUAAAACCAAACGGCUGAAGGUGAUCUACGGGUUAGAUCCUGUGUUUGAGUCAGGCAGCUCAUGUUUUAUGAAAGUGCGGAGCCCUAUUGCAUACGAGAGUAGAGAGGAGAGUGUUUUGGCAGAAAGGAAUCUCCAAAUAACCAAACAGGACUGUAAAAUUCAGAACAUGGCAAGAGAAUAUUUCAAGAUCUUUACUGCAGAGACAAGAAUGAUAGAAAGCUUUGGUCCAGCAUUAGAGGUAAUCCCUCUAUACUUCCUGUACCGGCCAGCAAACACUGUUCCUUAUGCAACAGUUGAGGCGGAGCUUAAAGGUGUGUAUUUGAGGUAUUGCCGAUUGGACCACACUGGGUCACUGGUAUUUAACAACAAGUCAGAGGUGACACAAAAGUGUUCUUCUCUCCAACACUGGGUCUACCAGUGGACCAAUGGUAAUGUGCUGUUCUCCAGACUUGAAGGAGUUGAUACAUUAUUAACAAAUAUUGGAAUAGCAACCAAGUCAAAGGGGUAUCAAGGAUUCCCCUGUGAGGCUAAUCCAAAGGUUUUUGAGCUGUUCCACACUCAGCAUCAGUGUAAUUAUUUCUGUGGUCUCUUAAACCUCAAACCUCUCUAUGCUCCAGAGACUCUUCAGACUCCAACCAGAUCUAGAGGCUCAAGCAGCCCACUACAACAAAGAAGAACAGUUUCCAGCUCCUCCAGUCCUCAGACUCAGCGCAAGGCCACAAAGAGCCCCAAAGUAUCUCGUUGCUAGUUCAAAACAUUCUGUACCUAGGAAGACCAUAGUAAAAACCAAAUAAAUAAUGGACAGGGCUUGUCUGUUAUUGCAUGAGAAGGCAACCUGCUUAGCUACCUUAAAAAAAAGCUGCUGAGGCCAUACCAGAGUGUACCUAUUGACUGUCAAAAACAACCUUUUGAUACAUUUUAAAUUAAAUAUGUAAAUACAGAUGCAUAACCUAAUCUAGUGUUAUGCAGUGAUCUUUGAGAAAAUUAACUGUAUAAGAAUUGUUGUCUCUAAAGGGAGUAUGAGACGGUUGGCAGACUAGUAUCUUUGUAAAUAAGAGUUAUAUAUAUAUAUAUAUAUUACUUUAAAUUAAAUUAUGAAUGAACCCUUUAGAGCAUAUUCUUUGCAGUUGAUUUACAAAUACAUAAUGUGUUUCCUGAAAAUGUAAAAAAUAUAUGUUGGAUAUGUUUUAAAUUAUAAUCUUUAACUUUAAGAAACACCUUAUGCUACACUAAUAAAAUUUCAUUGCACUUCAUAAUACAUAUUCUGCUAUUUAAAAAUAAAAGUUAAAAGCUAUUAUUCUGUAUGGAUUCUUUUUAAAAUAAACUUAGUACAGAGGAUAGAAUCCCUUGUUUGAAAACUAAAGCCAAAACAGUUAGCAAACAUGGUACACACAGAGCAGUGGUUCUUAUGUUGGAGACAUUUGUUUGAUUCCAGUAAUUUAUUUAAUCACUGAAAUGCUGAGAUGGAAUUUCUUCUAAUAUUUAAGUUUAUAUUAUCAGAUCUUAUAGGGCAUCUUAUCUCACACUGCAGUUAUAGAAAAGUUGAAGACUCAGACUCUAUUUCACCUUGUUAAUGAGACAAUUUUGUUUGCAAAAAGGAUUCAGAUUCUGUUUGAGCCUUAACAAUAUCUUACAUGACAAUAGCUUAUAGAUAAGCAUCUCUUGGCGUGUAUGCCAG